AUGACGGAGUACAGGCAUCAGAGACUUUUAGGCGAUUGCUGGUGGUUAUCUAUAAGGAAAGAUCACCGUGAUAUACAAGAUAAAUUGGUAGAAAUUCAGCUGCUCAUUGAUCAAAAGGCUAAUACAGAGGUGCUCCUCAUGAUCUGCACCUUCCCUGCACGUGUCAGAUUUCCCAGCGAAGCGCGCUUAAUGAUCCGUGCCUUUGCUAAAUGGCGCCAGCUUGCACAGCCCCGUGAAGGCGCGCUUCAUGAUCCGCGCUUUGUCAGAAAGGUGCUAGAAUGCCGUAACAUCGAACGACAAAUCAGAGAUAUUCAGAGAGAGGAGAAAAGUGUACAGAAAGCAAUUAAAGAAGCUACCAAGAGAAAUGACAUGGGUUCUGCUAAGGCACUUGCAAAGGAAAUUCUAAUGUCCAGAAAAACCGUGAACCGUCUAUAUGAGAAUAAAGCCCAGCUCAAUUCAAUAUCAAUGCACCUUGGAGAAAGUGUCGCAAUUGUUCGAACUGUUGGCCAUUUGUUCAAGAGUGCUGAAGUCAUUAAGCUUGUAAACAACGCCAUGAAAGUUCCACAGUUGGCUGCCACGAUGCAAGAAUUUAGCAAAAGUGACCAAGUAGUUCCUAGCGCCUGUUUUCUCAUCAUCAACAAUAUUCUGGUUUUUACCAUUGUUGUUCAGAGUUCCUAUGUUUCCUCAAGAUUGGCGGGGGUUAUUGAAGAAAUAGUAAACGAUUCCCUCGACUCGGCAUUGGAUUCCGAAGAUAUCGAAGAAGAGACUGAAGAAGAAGUUGACAAGGUUCUUUCGGAAAUAGCCAGUGAAACUGCGGCGCAGCUUCCUGAAGCUGUUCGGAAGGAAAGAGUGACGGUCUCUGCCCAAAAAAAAGCACUUCUCAUGAGGUAUUGA